AAGAAGACAAUGGCAAGUGUUCUCAUUUCUCCAUGCCAACCCCAACUACUGAAGAAUCAUAGGCUACAUGGUAACUGCCAUACAAAAUCAGCAUCAAAUUCAAACGUAAUAAAGUGUCAAAAAACUUGUUCAUUCAAUUAUAGGAAAACUAUCAAUGUUCCUCUUCAAGAAUUGCCAGAGGCUUCCUUUGAUCAUUACAUGGAUGACAAACACAGAGUAUUCAGAGCUGUAUUCCCAGACAAAGGGAGCACCAAACAGCUCAAUGAGGGAGAGUGGAGAAUCAAAAUGCCUCCAAUACAAUGCUUAUUCAUAAAUGUAUAUCCAACAGCAGAUGUAAGAUUAACAUUCAAGUCUAAUGGACAAGAUUAUCCACCAAACAUUCCUCAUCACGUCACCAAAAUCUUGGAGCUCCACUUUUUAAGGUGGGAGUUACAAGGCAUAGUAUCUAGGGACUUUACCUUGGAUGUUAGAGGGACUUUAUAUCCAGAAAGGAAAGGAAAUCAUAGCUGGCUUAGUAAUGAAAUGGAGAUGAAAAUGAGUUUUUGUUCUUCUCCAGCAAUUGCUCUCAUUCCAGAUAGUGUCUUGCAAGAUGCCAUGCAGUUGGUUUUCAAAAGAAUGAUGGAUGAAAUGAGGCAGGAGUUUCAUGGUAAAUUAUUAGCAGAUUAUGGUAGGUUUAAGAGGGACAAAUCCAAGAAGAAUUCAGUUUAAAAUUUGCAGCUAAUUUUCAAUUUAAUUUGUUCUUUGGAGGAUUUUACAGCCAACUGAAGGGUCAAUGCCAUGGCCUUGUAUCAACUGUAAUUCAAUUCUUGUAACCUGUCAAUAUAUGAAUAUGCAUACAACUAUUAAUUACUUGCUAAUUUUAUUUUA